UUUUGUAAAAGUGAAAGAACAUAGUAUUUUGCAAAAAAAACUACAAAACUAUUGUCUAUGGACAGCGUCUUUUCGCCAUCAAAGUUGCGAGGCAAACCGUGAAUUUUUUGGAUCUUUUGAUCCGUUUUCAUGGCUGUCGUAUUUAAACAUUGAUGUCUGCUUUAAUUCAAAAAUGAGUGACUAUCCUUCUAUGGCUACGCUUCAAAAUAAUAGUCAAACGGCGGGAUAUGUGGAUGCUCUUCAGCGUGCGAAAUUGGUUGCAGCAAAAAUCAGCAGUACUAAACGGCCUCUAGAGGAAGGAUCAGAACCAAGUGCAAAGAAAUCAGCCUCAGAUUCUUUUCAACAACCACAACAACAACAACAACCAGCAAUGAGUGCUACAGCGGCAGCGGCAGCGGCGGCGGCGGCGGCAGCGGCGCGUAUCGCGGCGUCGAGCGGCGGCAACGCGCCGGCGCCCCCACCACCCCCCAUGGCCCCCGAUCAAGCGCUCAACGAAUACAUCAGGGUUCCGGACAAAAUGGUUGGCCUAAUCAUUGGACGUGGAGGUGAACAAAUUACACGGUUGCAAGCUGAUUCGGGUUGCAAGAUACAGAUGGCACCGGACUCCGGUGGCCAGCCUGACAGAGUUUGCACACUCACCGGUUCAAGGGAAGCUAUACAGCGCGCCAAGGAGUUAGUGAACCAAAUAGUGAAUCACCGGGGGCGGGAGAACGCUCCUCAACACCAGGAUAGCCCGGGCGGCGGCGGCGGCGGCUUCGGCAACGGCGGCGGCGGCAUGGCGCCUCCACCGAGGGGCGGCGGCGGUCUUGGAACCACUCAGGAGGAAAUCAUGCUUCCGGGACCUAAAGUGGGUCUCAUCAUCGGCAAGAACGGGAAAACCAUCAAGCAACUACAGGAGCAGUCUGGAGCCAAGAUGGUGGUUAUACAAGAUGGACCCAACACUGAAUAUGAGAAGCCUCUCCGCAUAUCCGGUGACCCGGCCAAAGUGGAGCACGCAAAGCAACUGGUACACGAACUAUUGGCGGACAAAGACAUGCAGCCGGGCGGCGGGCCGCGGUCUCAAUACGACGACUACGGCUCCGAUCCAGGCAACGGGCUCGCUACUAACUCCACUGAGGUACUGGUUCCCAAAAUAGCGGUGGGCGUGGUCAUUGGACGCGGCGGAGACAUGAUCAAGAAGAUCCAAGCGGAGACGGGCUGCAGAGUCCAGUUCCACCAAGAGAGGGACGACGGACCCGGCGACAAAAGAUGUUACCUACAAGGCAAGCCCCACCAAGUUGAACAAGCGAGACAGAUGAUCGAAGAUUUGAUAUCUAGUGUAAAUAGGCGAGAACAAGAAGUGAGACAAAGCGGCGGCCGCGGCGGUGGUCGCGGCGGUCAAAGGAACGGCGACCGCGGCGACUACCAACAGUGGCAGGAGAAUCCGGAGAUCCGGGUCACGUUCACUAUCUGUGGGAACAAGUGCGGACUCAUCAUUGGCCGGGGCGGCGAAGUAAUAAAGCAGAUCAACGCGCAAUCCGGCGCGCAUUGCGAAGUGGACCGGCGCGCGACGGGCGCGGAUCGCAACAACCGCACUUUCUUCAUCCGCGGACACCCUGAUGCGGUAGAACACUGCAAGCGUAUCAUCAUGGAGAAAGUCGGCAUGCCCAUAAACUUCAUCCAAGACGGCGCCAACAACGGCGGCGGCGGGAACGGCGGCGGCGGCGGCGACUACUACGGCGGCGGCGGCGGCGGCGGCGGCCCGGCGGCCUGGGGGUACAACCCGCACUGGCACCAGCCGAGCGCUCAGUCGCAGUCACAGCAGCAAGUGCAAAUCAACCCAGCGACCGGGCAGCCGGACUACUCGCAGCAGUGGAUUGACUACUACCGCUCGUUAGGACUCAACAACGAAGCGGAGGCUAUUGAACAGCAAGCCAAGAGGCAGCAGCAGCAAGACAUGGGCAGCAGCGGCGGCCCCGGCUCCGGCGGCGGCGGCGGCAGCGGCGGCAGCGUCACGCCCACGCCGAGCGGGGCUGACUACAGCGCGCAGUGGGCCGAGUACUACCGCAGCAUCGGCAAGCUCAAGGAGGCCGAGGCUAUCGAGGCGCAGAUGAAGAUGAAGGGCUUGGUGGACUACGCGUGGGACGACGACGGCGCCGGCGGCGGCGAGGCCGGCGACGAGCAGAUGAAGACGAAGCAAAGUCAGCAAGCGAGUCCAGCGCCGCCCGCGCCGCCUGCGACGGCGUCAACCAGCGCGGCGGCCAUGAUGUCGGGACAGUACCAGCAGUACCCGAUGUAUGCGGGCGGCGUGUACCCGGGGUACAACUAUCCAUAUGCAGGCGGAGUCGCCCAAGGCCAGGACCACCAGCAAUGAAACCCGGAGGACGAGCCCCCAGCGAGGCCCGAGGACGAUUGUAGCGUCGCAUAACAACAUGGCGGCCCUUUCACACACCCACAAUAAAUAACCUAAAAAGUUGCACUAGUUAGCGUGUUUUCACUGACGAUUGGUGACGUAUAGACCUACAUUAUGGUAUCACAAUUUUAUAGGUGCAACUCUAGGUUGAACUUCUAAGAAAGUGAGAUCCACAUGUGGCUAUAUACGUCGCCAGUCACCAGUUUUAAACGCGAGUAAUCUGCUGUUAAUGAAUUUUAAUCAUGGCACCAGUUACUUUUUUAGCAAUUAAUAUAAUUAACCUUAAUGUACAGAUACACAUAGAAGCUUAUUUCUUGUGGGUCGCUGACACUAGUUAUUUAUAUAUGAGAUUAUAUCUCGAACGGACAUUACGCAAAAUUUCACGGCUCUGUGGUGUAUUUUAGAUUAUAAUUGCCUUUAUAUUUUAUGUGAUUCGUGCGAGUAAUUUGACUUUAUUAUUAUGCUAUUUGAUUGUGCCAAUACUGAUGUUGAAAUGCCAGUCUGUCCAGGUGUAAAGUAAAAGCCACACUGCCUUUAAAGAUGUAACGAAUUCGGCGUACCACGGAGCUGUAGACAAUGAAAGCAUUGUGAACCACUGACAACCUUCGCCCCGAGGAGCCGAGGUAACGAGUGACACUCACACUUCACAUAAUAUGUAAUCUCCUAAACACAUAGGAAUAUCUGGUUUUUACUUUUACUCUUUCGAUACAUCUUGAUAAGUAUUAGUGUAGUAGUAAUUUGGCUUAAGAUUAAAAACGAUAUAUUCCAAUUUGGAUUUUCUUAAUAUUAAUAACGCGUAGGAUACUAAGGUAGGGUGUAAAUCGAUGAAACUUUCGCCGCUGGGGUCAGCUCACUAGGUAGUAAGCGUCAGUUUACAUAGUAUAUGUAUUUUUCAUUCAGACUAGAAUUCAUAAUUGAUAUUAAAUGUAAAAUAAUCGCUAAACCAAGGUAAUGUAAGUGGAUCUUCAUUCCUAGAGCAUUGUCUGCUGUCGCCCGACAGCGCCGCGGUGUGCGCUGGUCUUGUACUAAUUUUUAAGAUAUAAAGUGUAUGUUAAUUGAC